UGUUAUAACACAUUUCUUUCAGAAAUCAACACCACCACCAGCCACCGCUACAUGCUCCUAAAAAUGUCGUCCAGUUCCGGCACCGGCAGCGUAAAUUUGGCAUGUUUACUGUUCAUCUUUUUAUUGGUUUUAUCUGCAAAUGUUGCUUUCUCCGGCACCAUUGUCAAGUAUCUACCUGGAUUUGUUGGUGAACUUCCCUUCACACUGGAAACUGGAUAUGUGACUGUGGGGUCUUCAGAGAUGUUCUACUAUUUCAUAGAAUCAGAAGGCAACCCAAAAGAGGAUCCUCUUUUGCUUUGGUACAGUGGAGGCCCUGGUUGUUCUGCAUUCAACGGUCUAAUUUAUGAAAUAGGUCCACUAGAAUUCAACAUCUCAGAUUAUGAAGGGGGCCUACCAUCGUUGUCCUAUUACCCAUAUUCAUGGACAAAGACUGCCAGCAUAUUAUUUGUUGAUGCCCCAGUUGGCACUGGCUUUUCCUAUUCAACAACUGCUGAGGGUUGGGCUGUGUCAGACACUUCAACAGGAGUGCAAGUCUAUGAGUUCCUCAAGAAGUGGUUGAUUGAUCAUCCACAAUACCUCAAACUGGAAUUGUUUGUUGGCGCUGAUUCAUAUUCAGGCAUAUCAGCUACAUUGGCUAUUCAAAAUAUUUUAGAUGGCAAUGGCUAUGGACGAGAACCACACUUGAACCUGAAGGGUUACAUUCUUGGAUGCCCAAGAAUAGAUGGACAAAUUCAAGAGAAUUCAAAGAUAAUAUAUGCUCACAGGAUGGCACUUAUAUCUGAUGAACUUUAUAAGGCAACUAAAAAUGCUUGCAAUUCAGAUUACUAUGGUGUAACCUCAUCCGAUGCAGCAUGUUAUGAAAAUCUCCAACUAAUCAAGAAGUGCAUUAAGGAUAUAAACAAGAAUGAUAUUCUAGAGCCUAAGUGCACGUUUGCAUCUCCUGAUCCUGUCGAAGAAUCAACUCGAAGAUCACUCAGAGGAAAUUCUGCAGAUUUCAUCAAGUCCCCUGUUACAAUUCCUGAAAAAUGGUGCCAUAACUUCAAUUAUUCUUUAUCUUAUGUGUGGGCAAAUGAUCAAAGUGUGCAAGCUGCUCUUAAUGUCAGUCAGAAAACAGUAAGAGAUUGGAAGAGAUGCAACAAAUCAUUGGAUUACGAUUAUGAUGUCACCAGUGUGAUUGAUUAUCAUCUCAAUUUUACUACUAAGGGAUUGCAAGCUCUUAUAUAUAAUGGAGAUCAUGACUUCACAAUUCCAAACGUGGGCACCCAGCAAUGGAUAAAGGAACUAGACUUGACUAUUGUUAAUGACUGGCGACCAUGGCUUGUUGAUGGUCAAGUUGCAGGGUAUACAAUUAAGUAUUCUGAAAAUGGGUAUCGGUUGACGUAUGCAACUGUCAAGGGAGCAGGCCACUCACCUCAAGAAUACAAGCGUAGGGAAUGUUAUGACAUGUUUGAUAGGUUUAUUCAUUGGUAUCCUCUCUAGAUGAAGAUUUCUUUUAGCUUAAAUUUGAUAGAUGGAUUCUCCUUCAAUUUCCAUGGAUGAUCAAUUAUUAUUGUCAAUCAUUUCCCCUCAAAGUUAUAGUUUUGUAAUACUUGGAUGGUUUACGUAAUUGAGAUGCUAAGCUUUUUGAUGCUA